AGGCUUAUCGAUAUGAAUCGAAUUUAAAACAUAUGCAGCUUACAUUUGGGACUCACCGCGCAGGCGCAUGUAAAAUUGAUUCACUCUAGCUGCGUGUUUGGGCCAGAAUGGAGUCCUUGGAGCCCGAGAAAGUGUGAUACAGCUGGCUCCAGACAGCCCCCAGUUUCCAUUCACUGUCAAUGUCAACAUCUAGAACUCGGCAUACGGAAAACCCACUUAAGCAUUCGGCAUGGACAUGGACGAUGUGGCUAGUCAUCACGGAUUUGGUCAACAUAUGGCCACGUAUAAUGUAGAGACCUCGGCGGUGCACAGGAAACUGCAGAGCAAGGUGGAGGCACUGAGGAUCCUGCGGCAGGAGCUGGAGCAGUUUCGCGUGGAACGGGACCAGUACAAGCUGGUGGCGGAGACUCUGCAGUUGCGCUACUCCGCGCUGAAGAGUAAUAGUGAACUUCUGGCUGUCGGUGGAUGCGGAGCCCUUAGCGAGAACUCCAGCCUAGCAGCCCUGCUGCAUGAGACGCGGGAGCAGAACCUGAAGCUCAGCACGGAAGUGGAAGCCCUGAGGCAACGGCUCAACGAACUGCAUGGUGACAUGGAACUCCUCCGGGAGACGGAGGCCAGCAACAAGUCGCGUGUUCAGGCGAUGGCCAUCGAGAAUGCCGCUCGCAACAAGGAGGAGCUGCAGUGGCGUCGAGAGCGGGCCAACUUCAUUUGCCACCUGGAGGGUCUCAAGAAACGGAAUGCCCAGCUGGCCUUCGACCUAAAGGCGGUGAUCGAUGAGAAGGAGGAACUGAUCACCGAGCGGGAUGCCUACAAGUGCAAGGCACAUCGCCUUAAUCAUGAGCUCUUUGUGGCCCUCAGGGCCAAGAAGACGCAUCCAAGGCUCCUGGACAUUGAUGGUGUUUUGCUGGAGAACAAGUACCUGCAUGAACGUGUGAAGAUCCAAGACAGCGAACUGGAGCUCACGAAACAGAGCAUCAAUAAGUACAAGACCAUGUUGGAUGCAAAAAGAAAGAAGGGAAUUGUAAAACUCAGCGGUGGCGGCACAAAUGAGGACACCAUUCUAAGCCCCCGGCAAGUAAAAACAAUCCUCGAGAGUGGCAUUGAUCUGCCUCAGAAAACAGAGAGCUUAAGCGACCUAAAAUCCUUGUGUCUGGCGCUGCUGGACAAUCUGAACGACAAGAACUUGGCCCUGACGCACCAGAAAAAGACCAACAAAAUACUGGCUGGCAAGAUGACGGAGCUGGAGCAGCGGUGGCAACAGCUCCUUUCCGGAAAUGAUGACAACACCGAGGAGCAGGAGGAGGACGUGGAAUAUGGCUAUGCGCCCUCCCAGCUGCUUCUCAAUGGUUAUUGUUCUGCCAUGGUCGAUGACGCCGACAUCAGCAGCACUCCGUCCCUUGAACCAGAUAAUGAAGGCGUCGCCACUACAGCGGAUCGUGAUGAUUCCAAAAAGCACAAGUCCGUUGAGGCUCUGCAGUCCGACGAUGGAAUGUCUUCGCUUUCAACCGAGUCGGUGGAUUCGUCUGUGUACGGGGCAGAUGUGCAGCCCGACGACUUCCAGAAGUCUUCAUCCGCCACAACAGAUUCCGGCAACUGCGGACUGAGCAGCCGCUGCAACGGCACACCGCGGAUAUCCAGUGCAGUGGCACGGGAACGAAUGGAGGAUCUGAAGGACCUGCCGCCUCACCUGGCCACUCUGGUGCAGAAAGCACUUCACGAUCUGGACAUGCGGGACUAUGAAGCUAUGGUGACAAUACGAGCAGAGAAUCUGGCGGCUAUUCCUUAGAGAAAUACUAGUUCAAUUGAGGACUCCCAAAAAAAUAGGUGGAACCAUAUCUCAGUGUUGACAAAAGAUAUAAUAUAUAUAUAUUACCGCAACAGCGUACAAUAAAACCAGAUUAUAUAAAAGAAA